GAAAGCACUGUUAGGUUCAGGGGACGUAGCCAGGAGGCCAGCGGUGCAGGGCAGGGUGUAUGAAGUAUUUAUUAUUGGUGUCACUCUAACUCUCUCCAGAUGGCCUGCCUGCUCCCUGCAGCUCAGAGAGCGUCUGCGGGGGUUCUCUUCGUGGCACUCUGGGGCACGGUGGUGGGUGACAGGCUGCUGGUGGUGCCCCAGGAUGGAAGCCACUGGCUUAGCAUGCGGGACAUAGUUGAGGCUCUUGGGGCAAGGGGGCAUGAAGUCGUGGUGCUGGUGCCGGAAGUCAACUUGCUCUUGAGAGAAUCCAGGUUCUACACGAGGAGAAUCUAUCCUGUGCCGUUUGACCAGGAGGAGCAGAGGAAUCGGUAUCGCACCUUUGGAGAAAAGAUCUUUACUGACAGGUCCUGGCUGAGCGGGCCUCUGACAGAAUUCAGGAAUCUCAUGGUUGUCAUUGACAUGUACUUCAUCAACUGCCAGAGCCUCCUGAGACACCGUGACACCUUGGAUUUCCUCAAGGCGGGCAAGUUCGAUGCUCUUUUCACAGACCCAUUCUUACCCUGUGGUGCGAUCCUGGCUGAGUACCUGGGCCUGCCCUCCGUGUACCUGUUCAGGGGCUUCCCCUGUUCCCGGGAGCAUUGGUUUGGCAGAAGCCCCAACCCGGUGUCCUACAUCCCCCAGUGCUACACUAAGUUCUCCGACCAGAUGAGCUUCCCCCAGCGCGUGGUCAACUUCCUUGUUAACUUGCUGGAGGUCCCUCUAUUUUACUGUCUGUAUUCGAAGUAUGAGGACAUGGCCUUGGAGCUCCUCAAGAGGAAAGUGGACCUGCCCACCUUAUUUCAGAAGGACCCCGUGUGGCUGCUAAGAUACGACUUUGUGUUUGAGUACCCCAGGCCGGUGAUGCCCAACAUGGUGCUCAUUGGCGGGAUCAACUGCAAGAAGCCAGACGUCCUGUCUCAGGAAUUGUCAAGGACAUUAGAAGUUCGUUGUAUUGGUAUUGCAGGGAGCAGUGUCAGCCUGAGAGUGGUGGGUCCCGCGGGAGUAGACUCAUAUAAGGGAGAUGUUACUCAUUUUAAUGAAGUACAACGUUCCUCAGGGGGUGUCCUUUGA